ACAAGCUUAAGCGAUACUGACGAAGGGGAAUCUACAACAGAUCCAGAUAUCGAGACGGAUGACACUUCAUCUGAUAGCGAUAGCGAUGGCUAUGCAGAAGUGCCUAGAUUCUGUCGGAAACAGCACCGAAAACAGCAUACAUCUUCCGAUUCGAGAUGGAAAGACCCUCAACACGCCCUUCGGGCGGCUGGAAAGAGAGAAUUCACGAAGUUUCUCUACUGGGGACUUCGAGUAAAGCGGGGUCAGGACAGGCGACGCGCAAAAGGCAUUAAGAAGGCUAGUACUCUUGAUACGUACUGGAAGAUGUUUCUUCGCCAUUACGAGAAAACCAACGAGGACCCAAUGCCCCAUGAUCUGGGACGAAGAAUGAGAAAGGUUGGACUGAAAUUUUCCAAUAAUGAAUAUAUUGCUGACGGAAUGAUUUCUGAAGAGCAUUCGAAAAAUAGUCAAAAGGAAAGGGAGACUGUUCUCCGCACGAUGGAAAAGCGGUUCCAUAUUGGACUUCAACGAAUGCAACAAUGCCUUUACAAUCUUAUGGCCUGCUUUACGGUGAAUCGAAUCAGUGCAAUGCGAAAGCUCCAAUACAAGCACCUGCAGUGCUCGAUCCAACGAGAUCCAAAAGGAGGGCCGCCCCGCAUUCUACUCGAAAUUACCUACAAGUUUGCUAAAACGCAUCUCGGUGUGACACAAGGCAACACUUUCAUCAUCCCCGAGAUCAUUCAUGAUCCGUCGCUUAUGUUGAGCCCGCAUGAGUUUUUGCUUGGUAUUCUUUUCGACGACGACGCUUUCCGUGCCCCUGCAAUAAAAUCCCGGGACGACCUAAGGAAACUUUGGCUAGAAGAUGGCCGGCAGCAGCUACCACUGCCACUGAAAGCUGAGAAGGAAAAUCAUUAUGUAUUCUGCAAGGUUGUGGCAACCCGCGGCGUCAUUCGGAUUAUUCGAGAUCAGCCAAUCUCGUCCGCAGCUCUGGGUAAGCAGUAUCAAACCACAGGGGAAAUUGCUGGCUUUCCGAAUCUUUACACACAUUGCAACCGCUACGGUGGUGCGACAAUCCUCAAUCAGAGUAGACUUGUGAGCGAUGCACAACAAAACUUAAUCAUGAAACACGCGAGUAUUCGAACAUUUUUGAACCAUUAUCUCCCGCGUCGCAUCGGUACAGACAUGCAGGCAUUGAUGAGAGGUCUCGAACCUGACUCAGCGAUGAUGAGAGCGGUCACUCGGAUGGGGAGAUGGGUUGACACUCGACGGCCGCGCGAGCUUACAGAUGCCCAGAAAGCAAGUGUUGAAGCAAUGCCGGAGCUGCAAGAGGCGAUCCACAAACGUGAUAGGUUCGCUCGAAAACUGAAACAAAGCGGCAAAAAGAGCUGCAGAGGACUGGAUCGACUUGAACAACUCAAGAGAUAUGUGACCAACACACGCAGUCGGCUCCUUUACGAUCUUCGUAAGCGUGUGAGGGAAGAAUUUGAUAGCAGCCAAGCAGUUAAGGAUAUUCAACGACAGCUUGCUGCUGGAACCGCGGUUCAUGACGAUGAAACCAAGGAGCGCCUGGCAGCUAGGGAAAACAUGCUCCCAGAGCAGAUAUUUCUCUUAGAAAAGCUGAUGACAUGGCCGACUUCGUUGUCUUUGGAGCGGGAGUGGAAGCGGCGAAAUGAGGCAGUUGAAGCUGUUCGCAUGUACUGCCGUGUGCGAGAAGGUGGGCCUCGAAGAGGACGACGACCGAAGAACCCCAUUCCUCGUGAUGAUCUUGCACCACACAGCUCCCAUACACCAGCCUUCACACAAACCCCCGUACCAUCCUUACCACGCGAAGAUGCUAUACGAAAGGCAGAAGCACAUGUCCAGGCCGCCGCCAAACCACUAGGAUGCUUCCAAUGUUUUGGAAACCUAGAAGAAUCGGAUGACCGUCGAAUGAAACACUAUUCUCGGCACAAACAUCUUCUGCGUCAUUUUAGAGAAACACAUCUAGAUGACCGUGACUGUAAGUACUGCAAUAUAUCGAUUGAGCAUGAAGAUGGUUUAAGGAGGCAUGCCCAUGAGAAGCAUCGACUCAAGACCUAG